UAACAUUAACAAGGUUUUUGUUUUCUAAAUUCUCCAAACCUGGGGUAAAAUAUCUUGUUUUAAUUUUUGAAUAAAACCCUUUUUCAUUAAAAAUAAUAUUUGAAGAAAUUUUAAUUAGGUUUUCUCAAGUAAUUGUAAAUUGUUAUUCGCUAUGGAUCUUAUUCAAGCUGUAAAAUUAUACAUAGUAAAAAUGACUGAAGAUUGUGGUCCUGGGAUGAAAGUGCUACUCAUGGAUAAAACCACUGUAAGCAUAUUGUACAUAGACUACCUAGAACAUAAUUUUUUUAAUUUAGUAAACUACUAACUUAUAAGGGAAAGAACAGAGACUGUAAGAAAUACCUUUAGACUAUAGGUAAUAUUAAUUAUUUUCAAAAUGUAAAAUCUGAAUUAACUGUACAUCCACUUUAAAAUGUACUAAGAUUAAUUUAUUUUUCUUGAAUGGAUAUAAACUUAAGUAUGUUAAUUAAAGUUAUUUUGAAUAUUACAAAUGUAUAAUAAAAUAUUUGCAUCUGUCUUCCUUGAUUACUAUUUAGAAAUUAUCUUAAUAUUUUAUCUCAAUCACUGUUAUUUAAAAUUUGUUAGAUACUUUAUCUACAUAAUAUUAUAUGAUUAUUAACAACAAAUUUUACUUACUAUCUAAUCUUUAUCAAAACCCAUUUCUAUUGUACUUAACCAUUCUAAACAGUUUGAAACUGUUACCCUAUUACUUUUUGGAUAAUUAAUUAUGUUUAUCAUAAAUUUCACUCAUUGGAAGCAUUGAAUUUGAAUAAUCAAUACUUUUAUUGAGUAUUAAUACAGUCAGUCAUCACCUAGACAUUGGUUAUUUAAUCAAUUGUUUAUUUGUAGAAAGAGUCAAUAACUAAAAUAUUUUUAUACAACUACAGUCAGGGUAUUUUAAUAAAAGCACAUUUUUUACCUUAUUCUUCUUUGAAUACUAAUUCUGUUUAUCGUUUACUAUCAUUUUCUUAUUUUUAUUUAUAGUUUUAGAAAGAUGUUUAUUUUAUAUUUUUUUUUUAUCUGUGCGCAACUUUUCCACCAGAAGACUCGCUCAAAUUUGUACAUGUAGCACCUUUUCUGAAAGAAAAUCGACAUAGGGAGGUACUUUAAGGAGGUUAUUUUUCGAUUUUCUCAAGAGUUUUCCAAAUGUGGAAAACCAGCAUAAAAUCAGGGAAAAUCUUUACAACAUUGAACAAAUAUUAUUAAAGAAAAUAUAUACAGCCUAUUUAAUUAUUUUACUAUAAAAUAAGUAACAUAUUUUGUUUACAAAGCAUCACUAUCAACUGAACUGCGCUCAGAAUCAAUUUUUUGUAAACAAUGGUUUAUCGCUGCCUACAGGUAUACAUAAAAUUAUCUAUAACAGUGACUGCAUCUGUCCCCAUUAUCCUAGGACGUUUUUUUAUUAUUUGUUUGAAUAUUUAUUCUCAUAUUAAAUCCUUUUAUACUAACUUUUAUUAUUAUUAAUAUAUAAGAUAUGUGGUUAUAUAAAUCACAAUCUAAAUUUUGAACAAUCACUAUGUCAAAAUAUUAUAUUUUAAUGGUAAUUACAGUCAGUUUUUUACAAUUAUGUUUAUUACAUUAACUUAAUUUUGAAAAGUAUUGGAAUGAAAAAUAAAAUAUAAUAUGUGUAAAUAUAUGUUUAGUUUGGCUAGGUAUAUUGUAUAGGUUAUUACAUUCUAAAGAGCUCAAGUCUAUGUGAUAAAAAAUAAUAUCUAGCUUUAAAUUAUUAUGUGAUUAUAGACUAGUAUAGUGAGUGCAGUUUUCAGUCAGUCAGAAAUACUUCAGCGAGAAGUAUAUUUAUUUGAACAAUUAACAUCUACUAGUAGCACAGACAACAUGUAUCAUAUGAAAUGUAUUACAUUUCUGCGUCCAACAAGAGAAAAUGUAUCUUUGUUAUGUAAAGAGUUGCGUAAUCCUAGAUAUGGGUAUUACUAUAUAUGUAAGUAAUAGAGUAAAACAGUUUAUAUUAUAGUUUUCAAAAACGAAUUGAUCCACUAGAUUAUUUAAUUAUUGAUUAUUAAGUUCUUAUUUUUGUAUUAUUCAGUCUAUUACAAAUGAUUAUAUGUCAUUAUCCAUAGUAUAUUAUAUUAAUAUUUUUGAUUAAAUUGACCAUUUUUAGAUUUUAGUAAUAUCAUUUCAAAAACAGACAUCAAGACAAUUGCUGAAAGUGAUAUCCAAGAAGUUGUACGUGAAAUACAAGAAUAUUAUGCUGAUUACUUAGCAGUUGCUCCUCAUCUUUUUUCAUUUAACAUUUCAUCUUGUGGACAAUGUAUUACUUUUCUUUUUAAUUAGUUAUAAUUAAUUCUUACAUAACUAUAAUUUUUUUUCUUUUAGGUCUAUCAUGGGAUCCACUUCAACUUACACGGUGUACACAAGGAAUAAUCUCUGUUUUAUUGUCAUUAAAAAAAUGUCCGUUAAUACGAUUUCAAGCAUCUUCGAAAAUGAGUAAACAACUUGCUGAAAAAGUUAAGGUAAAUUUAGUUGUAAUUAUUUUUCAUCUUCAUUCUAAAUAGUUUGGAUUAACCAUAAAAUUCUAAACUUCCAUUUGACCCUUCUCUUGAAACACUCCCACAUCGCAUACACUGCCGGCUGUCCUCAUAUCAUUCUUAAUCCCAUUCAAUCAUCUAUUUUUCAGUCUUCCUCUCACCUCUAUCCUCCUACAUUUAUUUUCAUUACAAUUCUCACUGCAUCAGAUUCCUCUCUCUCUGUGACAUUUUGUUCUAUUUUCUCUCAUUUGUCUACUUUGAAUUUUGAAGCAACAUCUAAGCUUUUUCUUAUGUACUUAUCCCUUAUCCUAUCUUCUCUUGUGACUCAAAUCAUCAAAUUUUUGAAGCUUAUUGCAGACUAAUAGAAGUUAGAUUUUUUAAGAACUACUAUACAAAUAAAUAUGAUUGUUACUUAUACAGUUUACAUAUUAUAAUUGUAGUUCUUAAAAAGCCUAACUGCUGUUAGACUGUCUGUAAUUAGUCUGAAAAACAGGCAGCUGUUUGAAAAAAUAAUAAGUAAUUCACAAACAAACUUCCCCAUCACAAAGAGCCUAUUUGUUUUGCAUAGACUAAUUUUCCAUAUGGCUUAUAACUUCAUAAUAUUUUAUGCCGAUUGUUUCUAGGAUUUUGAAUAAUUUACUCCUGUGCAUAUUAUUAUAAAAGCAAAAAUUUUCUAUUAGUAUUCUUAGUAUUAUAAUUGGUUCAUGGUUCCUAUAUUUCUCUUGAACCCAAAUUGUUCUCUACCCAGAUUUCUGUCUUAUUGUUUUAUCUAUCCUGUUAUUGAUUAUUUGGAGGUAGGUAUUUGUGGUGAGAUUUAAUGUUCUGUUUUCUUCGCAUUUUUGUGUUCCUUUCUUUUUUGGAAUUAGUAUCACGAAUCCCUUUUUAAAGUCAUUAUUAGUUUUUCCUUAGAGAUAUAUUUCAUUACUUAUUUUGUACAUUUCAUUUUUAAUAUCUAUGUCUGUGUAUUUUAAUAAUUCAGCAGGAAUUUCAUUUACUCCAAAAGCUUUGUUGUUUUUUAAUCAUUCUAUUGUAUGGUCAAAUUCUACACGUAAGAUACCAGGACAGUCCAGAAAUUAACAGAUAUUUUGAAAUAAAAAUAAACAAAGUGAAAAAAAAACAACAUUUGUUAUAUACAUUUUGAAGGUAAACUUUUAGGUUAUUUUUCUUACAUAAAUCGCCAUUUAAAAUAAAACAUUUAUCAUAACGUAGUACAAGCUUUUCAAUUUCUCUCUGUAGAAAUCUGCUACCUGCGAGUUAAAUCAGUUUAACCUAACCUAACCAGUUUGAGUUAGAUAAGUUUACCAACCACAAUUUCAUAAAAUAAAUUCCGUGAGAAAUUUGGGGGGAAUGUUCCGAGAAUUCCAUAAUCGUUUAAUAACAAUUUUCACAGAUUUUUUUUGUUGAUUUUUCCCCACAAAUUCAUCACUCACAAGACUAGGCCUACCACUGCAAUCCUCAUCAUGAACAUUGGUUCGGCCAUUUUUAAAAUCAAUGCACCACUUCCUCACUCUGUUUUCACUUAUCAUUCCUUUGCCAUACACAUCACAAAUUCGGCAAUAGAUUUCAAUUAAUUGUGAGUUUUUGUCAACAAAAACCUUAUCACAGUCUCUUUUCAUAACUGAAGGCGUUUUCAAUUUCAGCACUUAUUUCAUCACUCCACUUUAAAUAAAGUACAAUAGGCACAGUAUACAUGCUACGAUGGCUGAUUGCAUACUGAGUGUAGGAACACCUGACACCAAGAUAGCGCUAGCCCCUUCCACUGCUGCGCCAGACCAAAACGUCUGUUACUUUCUGGACAAUCCUCAUAUAAUCUCUUUUAUUGUUCUCAUCUAUAUUAUCUUCUUCCUUAAACUCCAUAUUAUAUACAUACUUCAUAUAUCAAAACAUUUCAUAACACGUUAUGUGAUGAUUUGAGCAUUGAUAAUAGCUAAUUACACUUUCCCCAUGUUGUUUAUUUAUGAUGAUGUCUUCUCCAGUAUAUCCAUAUUUCUAUUCUGUGUGUAUAAAAUUAUACUCAUCACUCUAAAAAUCACUAGGGUCUGGUUAUUUUACUUUGCUUAUUCCUGUAAUAUCAAUAAUUAAUCUUCUAAUUUCCUUUAAAUUGUCUACUUCUACUCAAUGAUUUAACAUUCCAAUGUAUAUUAUAUAUAUAUAUAUAUAUAUAUAAGUAAAAUAAAUAUAUAUUGAAACAAUUUAUAUGGACCAGUAACAGUGAUUUGUUCCACAUGAUUUUUUACUAAAACAAUUUUUGUUAAAAUUUGUAUAAAAAAAAAGUAUUACACUAAACUCAUUUUUUUGACCACAAAGUAGAACUUAUGAUGAAUAUCCUGUUCAAUUUUAAAACAUUUCUGUUUAGUGAUAGUAGAGUACCAAAUAAAAAUUACUCACAAAAUUACAAUUAUUAUUAAAUAGCUCAAAAAUUGCCUCAAAUGUUUUUACAGUUUUAUCAUGUUUAGAAAAGGCAAAUAUAAAUUUUCCGUCCUAAUUUCAGGUCACUAUGAAUAUUUUUAACUGAACUAUAAAAGCAUUAUUUUCAUAAAUUUUCCUGUUUUCUUAAGUUUUAUCCUAGGUUUUCCCAGAUAUUAUGAAACCUGAUUGGAAAAUCAAAAAAUAAGACCCUUACAGUACCAUUCAAAUAAAAUUUCUUUUAAAAAAUGGGGCCACACUUACAUAUUAAAGCAAGACUUCUGAUAGAAAUAUUUGUCACAAUAUUAAAAAUAAACAAUAUUGUAAAACCAAUAAAUUCUUCGCUACACUCAGAAUCUAUAUAUAUGUCCAUUAAUAAAUAAAUAAAUAUAUAACUCUAAAUCUAACAUUGAUAUUUCCAUAUUUAAACAAUAAUAAUCAUGACAAUAAAUUAUAUUAUUUUAAGGAAAUUUUUUCAAAAGAAGAAAACCUUUUCAAUUUAAAACAAGGUGAUAUUCAACCACAGUUACUAAUACUGGAUCGGAGAGAAGAUCCGGUUUCACCAUUAUUAAUGCCGGUAAAUUUGAUUUAAUUUAUAUUAAGAUAACCUAAUUAAAAAUAAAUUCAUUUUUAUCAAGUUUAAUUUUUUUUUUUUCAUAUGUUAGACAAAUAAUUUAUUAUUUUUAUUAAUCCUGGGUGAUACCUGUGCCAGUUUAAGACAAGUUAUAUUAAUUUAAAUACUUCAUGCAUAUAUGGAUAAAAUAAUUGUUUUGCUAUGUAUUCAUGUUUCAAAUUGUUUAUAUACUUUUAUUAUUUGGUCUAACAGUGGUCUUAUCAAGCUAUGGUUCAUGAAUUACUAACUAUAAACAAUAAUCAAGUUGAUUUAAGUCACAUUGAAGACAUAAAACCAGAUCUUCAAAAAUUAUUAUUGUGUGCUGAACAAGAUGAUUUAUACAAACAAGUAUACAUUUAAACAUUCAAAUCAGUGAUAUUUUUAAUUAUUUAUUUAUAUACCAAAAAAUGGUUUUAGAAUAUGUAUAAAAACUUUGGUGAAAUUGGUGAAAUUAUGAAAUCUUUAAUUGAUGAUUUUAAAUCAAAAGCAAAAGACCAUCAAAAACUAGAUACAAUAUCAGAUAUGAAAGCUUUUGUUGAAAAUUAUCCACAAUUUAAGGUAAUUAAUAAUAUUUAUUAUGUCAAAAUAAAUGUAUCAAAUUAAAACAGUUAAUAAUUUUAUUUUCAGAAAAUGUCUGGUACAGUUGCUAAACAUGUAGUAAUUAUGGAACAACUUUCAAAUUUUAUUACAAAAAAAAAUCUUUUGGAAGUAUCUGAAUUGCAACAACAAAUUGCAUGCGAUAUCCAAUCUUCUCAACAUACCCAGGUAAGCAUCAAGAGAGCAUAUAGUUCUUAAUUUUUACUCUUACACUUUUAUAUACUAGAUGAUCCAUUUAAGUGGUACAUGCAUUAUCUCGGAAAGUAUGAACUAUUCCUGGAAUUUGUUUGGUUUAAUUUGGUUGUAGGAAAGUAGUUGUGCAUUAUUAAUAUGCCAUGUGCCGUACCACCAUACAAAUGAUACUCCACUACUCUUCAACCAAAACUUAAAAGUGAAGUAAUCUCGAAAACAGAUUGAUGAAAAUCAAAAAUUUCAAUACUAAAAUGUAUUUUAUCUAAUCUAGUUUUCAAAUUUUUAAUAUAGGUUGCCAUUAAUCAUAUGUAGGUAAUUUUACUCCCAAAAAUAAGGGUAAAAAAAAUAACAUAAAUAUAAAAUUGUAGAGCAGCUUAUUUUUUAAAUGUUCUAGAAAACAAAUUCCGGAAAAAGUUAAUACUUUCCGAGAUAAUGAGUGUAAUCACUUAAAUGGAUGACCUGGUAGUAUUAAUAAAAAUAAAAUAACAUGAUAAAUAUGAAAGUAAUUUACAACAAGAUGUAUCUUACAUCAAAAAUUUCAGGUGAAUAGUACAGAUAAAAUAUAAUUGACUGCAUUUGAUAUUUAAAAAAAAAAAAAAAAACAUUUUUCGAUAAAAAUAUAGGUGAUAAAGAUAAAGAAUAAUAUCAACAAAUUUUUUUGAAAAAAGUUAUUCAUUUUUGAGAUAUUAAGUGUAGCUUAUUAGGAUCACCUAUAUAUUCUUUUUUUUAAAUAAUAUUUUAAUUAAAAUUUGAUUAAAAUAUUAACUAAACAUAUACCUAUCAAAAUAUGAUAACUUAAUACAAAAAAGUAUUUUUAAUGAUUAAAAACUAUUAGUAUCAAAUAAAAAAUGUAUAACACAAUAUUACAUAUUCUUCAAAUGCAUUUUAUUGUUUUUCUAAAUUGUAUUGUUAUAUAUUUUUUAAACUUUCAAUAAUCUGUCUAAAUUUCUUGAAUAAUGAAAAGAAAUAUGUAAAAUUCUACAAUAUCAACUAGAUUAUUCAUUACGCUAGUAAUAAAUACAUUUUAAAAUGAUAAAUUCAACUAUAAAUUAUAUAUAUUUUUUGUAUUAAUUAAUUAAUAUUUAUUAAUUUAUUUUAUUUUUAAGAAAAUUAGAGAUCUUAUUGAAAAAAAUAUACCAGAGGAGGAAGCAAGUAAACUUGUUAUGUUAUAUGCAAUAAAAUCCAUUAGCAAAGAUAGUAAUAGAGAAUUAACUAGUUUAAUACAAUUAUUAAAAUCCAAAAAAGUUCCGGAACAUUGGAUAGAAGUAAUUAUACAAAACAAUAUUUUUUUAAAUUAUCAGGUUAUUUAUAUUUUAAAUAUUUAAAUUGUAAUGUUGCUAAUAUUUAAGCUUGUAUAUGAUGUGAUGAAAUACCAAAGUAAAGUAAUUUUGGAUAAUGAAAAUACAUUAAAAAAUGCAAAACAAAUAACAAAACGAUUUUAUAAGGUAAUUGUUUCAUGGUUAUUUUUAAUAAAAAUCUUAAAAAAUAAUUUAUGUAUAUGAAUAUCAUAAAUUAAAUUUCAUUAUUUUUAGACAGAAAAUAAUAAUAAUUAUAAUUUGUAAUCAGGAUUUAAAAGGUGUUGACAAUAUAUUUACCCAGCAUGUUCCACUGUUGAAAGAAUUAGUUGAAGAUAUGAUAAAGUCAAGAUUAAAGGAAGAACAAUACCCAUUUUUAAGUGAUAUAAAUCAACCAACAAAAAAGUAAACAAUAUAUUUUUGAUUGAUUAUACUAAUUAUGAUUUUGAAUUAGUUCGUUUAUGAAUAAAAAAAAUUAUUUUCGUAUCAUAAAUUCCUUUAAAUAUUAAAUUAAGAAAUUACUUUAAACCAUAAUAAACACAAGGUAUAAUAUAUAUUUGGGUCAUACUCAUAGUUUUUCAUAAAUUUUCAACAGUUACUAAUAACAAAUUCUUGCAAAUUAGUAUUAAUAAAAUCUUAACAAAAAAUUGAAUAGGUUUUAACUAUUUAUUUAACUAUAGUAUUAAUGGUUCUGUGUAAUACUUGUUAAUUGGUAUGAUUUACAAGAUUUAUUCUUCUGCUUCAAAGAGAUGUCCAUGUUUGUUUUCAAUAUUUUAUUUUUGUCGGGAUGAGGACAAGUUAUUUUAGUAGCACAUUAGACAAUUUUUUACUGUUAUACAAAUUAGUUUUUUUUGUGGAUAUCUUAACGUUGCUGCUUAAGUUAUAUUUAGUUUUACUCUUUUAUUAUUUGUUUACCUUUGAUCUUGAUCGCUUUCCCAUUCUACCACUUUUUCGGUUCACUGGUAUAAAAAUCGUAAUUUUGAAAAACUAAAGUUGGUAUCAUCACAGGUUGCUUCUUAAAUGUUGUGAAAAUCGAAUUAUUUUAUAAUAUUGGCUUUAUCUACACAAACAAAUUUCAAAAAUCAGAAUUUGAAUAUAUGCAAAAUUUAUUAUUUAAAUGCAUGAUCUUUUUUAAAUAAUGUAUCAAAUAUAUAGAGAUAUCAACCUUUCCUACCUAAUAUUGUUGAUCAAUGAUUUAAUCAUGAGUGGGGAGGGAUCUGGGGCCAUUUGCACUUGGGCAAUUUUGUAAAAAUUGCAUUGUGUUUGAGCAAUUUUCCACAACGUGUUUGAGUGAGUGAUUUUAAUAAAUUGUAAUGUGUUUGGAUGACUUUUAACAAUCAAUUUUCCCUCUCAUAUUGAUAGACUUGGAACUGUCCGUGAGUUCCAUAGGUAUAAUCAAAAAUUAGACUGUUUUUUUGUUGUGUGAUAAAAAUCUCGAAUCAAGUGUAAAAUAUUAUAUGUUAUUUUUUUUUUUAUCACUUAAAAUUAAAUUAAAAAUUUAGUUUAAAUAUAUAUUUGGUUUCUUUUUUUUAAAUUUGUUUUUCUUGACAUUUUAACACCAUGUGCUCUAUGUUUUCUGAAAGUUUAAAGUUUAAUAUCACCUGAUACAUAUUUAUACCAACUUGUUUUUAAAUAUUUUUGAUUAUCUAUGGUCGAGCAAACUGAUAUAUGUAACACAAAUCAAUAAAUUAAUAUAAUAUUUUUGCUUACUAGGGGAAACCACAAUUUAUUGAUCCUAUCUGGCUGAUGAUAUAGAAAAACCAAUUGUGAAAUAUUAUGUGUAGGUAUAAUAUGAGCCAUUUUUAGACAAUUUUAUUAUUAUGUUAUUUGCAAUAAAUAUAUUGUCUUUUAUAUUUUACACUGUAUCUAGCAUACUUGUUCAAACACAUCAGAAUUUUACUUGUAAACACAUUAAAAUAACUUUCUCAAAUACACUGUUUUUAUUAUGCGGUAUAAAGAUAAUUCGUCAAAACGCAAGAUGCUCUGAUCUGGGUGUCAAAUUUCUCCCUUUGCUUUUUUUUUUUUAAGUAUUAUAUCUAUAAUAAUUCUAUCUACCAAUCAUCUUUUAAUUACCGUGUUAAAAUAUAAAACAAUAUUAUACUUGUGAUGGUCUUAUUUUAUUUUUCUAAACCCUACCACUUCCCAAUUGAAAAUAAGAUAAAGCUAAUAAGUUCAUACCCCCACCCAUCUUUUAGACAAUUUUCAAAAAUGUUCAUCCCCUCUCAAAAGUUAGUCGAAAUUAUGCCGAUGUUGCUGGUGGGUGUGGAAUUAUUAUGGAUGAAAAUUUGAGAAGGUAGUAUACAGAGUAAUGUAAUUUAUCUUUUAUUGGUUACAGCAUAAUUUCCAAUAGACAUGCUGUUAACAGACAAAAUAACAUAUAAUAAAAUAGUAAAACCUAUACAUUAUUCUCUACAUUCACAUUAAAACGAUUAUUUUUAAAGAUUGUCAGAAGUCCCGUAAAAUAUGAAACAGAACAAGUGUGUACCCAAGGCUGCUAUUUGACAUUAACCACUAAUUCUGUUUUGAAUUUUUCUUUAAUUUACAUAUAAGCUUCCUUGUAAUUAAAAAAACAUAAUAAUACCUAAAUUUAUGUUUAUAUAUUAAGUUAAAAUGUAUAUUUGUUUAACAGAACACAAGAUAUAAUUGUUUUUGUAAUUGGAGGUGUUACAUAUGAAGAAUCAAUGUCAGUAUACAAUCUGAACACACUUAAUCCACAUGUAAGGAUAAUAUUGGGUGGAAGUACUGUACAUAAUUCCUCAAGUUUUUUAAAUGAAGUUAAAUUAGCUACUUUUGGAGUGAUUAAAAGCAGAACUGGAUCUCGAAAAUUAUAAACUAUCCUAGAAGCACAAACAAAAAUAGUUUAAUUACUGUAAUACUUUUAUGUUUUUAUUUAUUUGUAUUUUAUUUUAUUUGUUACUUUUCUUAAAUCCUAUUAUUAUUAUAUUUUUAUUACUAC